AUGGCCCUGGGGGCAAUGUUGGCACAAGAAGUAGAGAAUCUAGAAAGAGCCAUCUAUUACAUUAGUAAGAAACUCCUUGCUUAUGAGGAGAAUUAUUCACUAAUAGAAAGAACCUGUCUGGCUGUAGUAUGCGCAACUAAGAAGUUAAGGCACUGCUUUCAGACCCAUCGAGUUAUUGUAGUAUCCCGAAUGGAUCCUUUAAAGUACAUAUUUGAAGUACCGACACUAGUUGGAAAAUUGGCCAAAUGGUUGGUCCUACUGUUUGAAUUUGAUAUUGUGUAUGAGACUCGAAAAACCAUCAAAGGGUGUGUAGUGGCUGAAUUUCUUUCUGAAAUUCCAGUUAAUGAAGAGGAAGAAGUUGAAACAGCCUUCCCGGAUGAGAGUCUCAAGCUAGUAGAGGUCCAGCCAUGGAAAAUGUACUUUGAUGGGGCCAUGAAUAAGAGCGGAGCUGGUAUAGGGGUAGUUUUAGAAGCACCGAAUGGAGAACAAUUAUUAAUGUCAAAAAGGCUAUGUUUCCCAACCUCUAAUAAUAUUGCAGAAUAUAAGGCUUACAUUUAUGGCCUAGAGGCAUUAAUAGCUAUUGGGGCUAAAAAAGUGGAGGUGUUCAGAGAUUCAAUGCCAGUGGUUUCCCAUGUUAAAGGUGAAUGGGAAUUGAAAGAAGAAAAGUUGAGGCCAUACCUAGAGUAUGCUAAGAAACUAUUAUUUAGCUUUGAGGAAGUGACAAUGAAGCACAUGCCUAGAGCUUAG